GUUUCUGGACAGUUGCUACUUCCCAGAAAAAUGGGGUAUAUAUUAAUGUACCAGAUAGAAGAUGCCUUCUAUCCUGUCCUUGCAGCCAUUGGAGUUCCCGUUAACCUGGUAACAAUUGUUAUACUGGCUCGAGGAAAUUGCGGUCUCUCCAAAUGUAUCAUGUGGUACCUGGUGGGGAUGGCAGUGGCUGAUCUCCUCGUGGUGAUUAUGGACCCCAUAUUGACCGUCAUCGUUGUGAUUUAUUUCCCAUAUUCCUUCCUGCGGAUUACUCCCGUUUGCACUCUAGUUUUAUUCUUUGGAUUUGCAGUCACAGUUGUUUCUGUUUGGCUGACAGUUGCUUUCACCUUUGACCGAUUCGUGAUGAUUUGUUGCGAGAAGAUGAAAACAAAAUACUGCACGGAGAAAACAGCAGCUGUAGUUGUUGGAGUCGUGGGUGUGCUGGGAAUUUUGGAGGCCCUUCCCUGGUACUUUACAAUUGGACCACAAUACAUGGUUGACAAUGUUCCCAUGUCUUGUGCCAAUAAACCAAGCUUUUUUACUUCUACUGCAUGGGGAGCAUAUCAGUUGUUUCACUUUAUUUUUAGCCCAGUAGUUCCCUUCUUUCUAAUUUUGCUACUCAAUAUUCUUACGGUCAGACAUAUCUUGGUAGCUAGUCGUGCCCGUAGACAACUCCAAGGUUGCAAUAACAGAGAGCGUCACAAGGAUCCAGUAAUUGAGAGCCGAAGGAAAUCCAUAAUUUUACUCUUCAGUAUAUCUGGCAGUUUUGUCCUGUUAUGGGUGACCCGGGUUGUUUAUAACAUCUAUACACAGCUCGAUGGUAAUCACAGUUACUCCACUUACACUGACCCUCGGUUUAUCACAGAACGGGUGUCACUGAUGCUGCAGCUUCUCAGCUCCUGCACCAAUACAUGCAUUUAUGCUGUGACCCAAACAAAAUUCAGGGAAGAGCUGAAAAACGGCGUGAAGUUCCCACUCUGUCUCAUCAUGAAUUUGUGUAGCUCACAGAGCAGAGUGAACGGGCUUCGACCCAGUUAAAUCCCAUUCCCUCUCUGGGCUAUUACAAAGCAAGGAUCAAACUAAGUCCAACAGUAAUCCUUUCUGUUCUUGUUAUCAAAAAUGCCAUGUCUGUGUGGAAGCCUGCUGAUUCAUCUCCGCAAGCCCUCUCGCAAUCCUGAAGUUGAUGCAGCAGGUGUUUGACUGCUGUAGCCUCACCAAAAGCUC